UCGAAUACCUCGCCUCCUUCCAUUCGCAAAACCCAACCAAACCCCUCGCCUCGCAUUCCCCGAGGCUCCCUCGUCCCUCCGCCCCGCCAUGGCUCCCGGUGCACUAGCCCGCCACCUCCUCCGCCGCGCGCCCACCCCUCGCCUCGCGCGCCCCUUCGCCGCGAAGGCCCGCGCGUCCCGGCGGCCGCAGGAACCGGAGCUCCCGUCGGAGGAGGAGAACGACUUCGCCGGCGGCGAGGUUGCCGCCCCCACCGAGGGCAUCAGCAAGCCGCUCGCCGAGGUCCUCAAGGAGCUCGGGAAGAGGGUUCCCGACUCCCUCGUGAAGACCCGCGUCGAGGAUAACGGCUUCGCUAUCAAGUACAUCCCAUGGCACAUUGUGAACAAAAUUCUCAACAUACAUGCUCCAGAGUGGUCUGGUGAGGUCCGCAGCAUUGUUUAUUCAUCUGAUGGGAAAUCUGUAUCUGUUGUCUACCGUGUGACUCUUCAUGGGAUUGAUGCGGAGAUCUACAGAGAGGCCACUGGAACUGCUUCUGUCGAUGAUACAGGCUAUGGAGAUCCCGUGCAGAAGGCAGAAGCUAUGGCUUUUCGUCGUGCUUGUGCACGUCUUGGUCUUGGACUUCAUCUCUACCAUGAAGAUAUGUCAUAGAUGACUAAUGUUACUAUGUUAGUGUUCGCCAUAUGAGCUUUUGCAUACUUCCAGUUCGUGGUAUGUGGACCAUUGUCGUUUAAUGGGCUAUCCAUUUGCACUAGACAUGCUUCUCUUUCUUAUAAGGGAUGUGAACACAUAAAUGUUUGAAGCUUAGGUUGUCAUGUAGGUGAGACUAUAUGUAAGCUACCAAUGCAACUAAUGGUCUGAACUGUUUGCCUACGACGGCUUGUUCUAUCAUCUAAAUCCCUGAGCCCAUGUUCAUGAAA